AUGAAGUCUUUUAUUUUACUUUUGCUGUGGCCUUCGUUGGUGAGCAGCACUCCCACAAUAGCCCAGUGUGGAAGUGAAGCCAGAAGACCAAAGCUCGAUGAUAUUUCAGUGGAGUGCGGCACCACAGACAUAAAACUGGCCAUCCAGCUCUGUCCGGUCGUCUACACCGGCUACAACGAGUCUCUCCUGGUGAUGAACCACAUGAUGAACCAAGACUGCCGUGCCACUCUGGACGAAAGCGUCUCUCCGCCUGUGGCCCGCUUCGUUUUCUCGCUCAACUCCACCAACGCCUGUGGGAGUACCUUCCGAUACACCAGCUCCACGGGAGUUGGCUUCUUUGAAGAUUUCUCCAACAUCCAGAACGUGAACAUCAGUGGCAUCAUCCGCUCGUUAGACCUGAGCAAAGGCACCAUCACCUACAACGCAGAGAUAAAGUACUACUACUCCUGCGCCUACCCUUUACAGUACCUGGUUAACAACACGCAGAUCGACGUCUCCGGCUCUUCCAUCGCAAUCAGGGACAAAAACGGCACCUUCUUGAGCACUUUGAACUUGAAUCUCUACACCGACCGCACUUACUCCACUCUCCUCAAGAUGCCGUCAUCAGGCAUCGAGCUGCGGACCAACGUCUACGCCGAAGUUGCAGCCACCAACUUGACUUCCCAGUACCACGUUCUACUCGAUCGCUGCUACGCCUCUGUGUCCGCCCUGCCAGCCAACUCCAGCACUUUCGACCUGCUCUUUUCCUGCUCCAAAGACAAAUCCACCACGAUCGUGAACAACGGCGAUUCCCAGAUUGCCAGAUUCUUCUUCCCGGCUUUCCGUUUCAUUGAGCAAGAAAAUGAGAAUAUUUCCACCUACUACCUCCACUGCAUCACCAGGCUGUGUGAGAGAAGCACCUGCAGCAGUUUCAAGGUCUGUGCCGGGGCAAGGAGGAGGAGAGCGGUCAAAGAGUUCGACCCAGACAGCCUUUACACGCUCACCUCCGGAGAGAUCGUCAUCCAGCCUGACACCCCGAUCACCAGCGCACACGUGGACGACACCAAAGCCAGCAGCUCGUCUGUGGGCCUGGGCGUGGCGGUCGGCAUCCUCGCCACCAUCUGUAUCAUCGGUGUUAUUGUUGGGGCUGUGUUUUACAAAAAGAUUAGAAACUGA